AUGAGUGUUCCUACAAGUCUGAUGUUCUUUGUAAAAGGUUUAUUGAACUUUGAUACCGGUGUUACCGAGCACUUUAAUGUGCCGAUGGAUGAUGUUGACAUGGUGAUGGCGUCGCUUGAGAACGCAAUCGCGUCGACGGGCGGAUUCUGCGUCGGACGCUCAUAUGUCGUCGGACAUCAGCGACUCUCGGGACUCGGAUAUUGUUUUUCGGCGUCACUUCCGCCGCUUCUCGCUACUGCCGCUUCCGAAGCGUUGGAAAUUAUCAAAGAGCAGCCGGAGCGCGUGCAAAAAGUCCAGAAUAUCGCCAGAAAAGCUCAUGAGGACCUUCGAGAGGUCUUAAAGGGAACAAUGUUUGUGAUACAAGGGGUCCCCGAGAGUCCGAUGAAGCACAUUUAUUACAAUGAUGUUAGCGAUGACGAAACCGCGAAUCGAAAACUCGACGAGUUUGUAGAAAAGUUAUUCAAUGAACACAAUAUAAUGUUGACACGAGCGCGAUAUUUGGAGAAGGACGAAAUGUUUAAAGUGCGCCCCAGUGUACGAAUUAUGUUCCAAUAUGAUUUGACGGAAGACGAUAUCAAGAAUACUUUGGACGCGAUUUGUCAAGUCGCCAAUUCGAUUUAA